AUACAUAUUAUUAUUAUUUCCUAAGAUGAUACAAUAUAUAAUUGAUCAAUAAUUAAAAAAAAAAUUCCCUUUCGAUUUGAAGUUAUAUAUAUGUUUGUAAGACUCCUCUGCUAAAAGUUCAAUACAUUUAUUUUGACAUUGACAAAAUGUAUUACAAAAUAAAAACAAAUGCAGAGUAUUCCGUAUGAAUUAUGGUAAGAAACAUCAUCAUCCCAUAUAGCUGAAAAAAUUGAUGGAGAUAUUAUUUCAUACCAUAUCGAGUUCAGAAGGAUCUUGAUCAUUGACAUCAAAGAUAAUAGCAGCUGUUUCUACCUCAUGUGAUCUUGCAAUGUUUAUAUUAGCAUCAGCAGUGGCAACCGUGUUUGUGUACAUAUCGUUUGUAUCUGCAACCUUCUUUUUAGCAUCAUCCAUUGUAUCAGCUUGUUGGCUACAACCUGCUGAAUCCUUUCUCAAAGUUUUUUUGGUCUUUUCUCUAUGAUCACAUUUGGCAUCUAGCAUAACAUGCCUUUUCCUGCUGACAAACAACAAAUCAAACAUUCUUUAGAACGAAUGUGCUUAAAGAUAGUGCGGUGCGAGCAUCCAAAGGUGCCCUUAAAUGUAGAAGGUGGAUUACAUCACUCCACAAGGCCCACCAGAUAGCAGGUCCAGUCCAUCAUAAUUAGAUAUCAGCUCGGCUCCACGAACUGAGCGACGAAACACCAAUUCAAACUUUUAGCCGGCUCAAGCAGGCAACUAAAAGCAGAUCGUCUCAGCGGCUUAACUCAAACGGCCUAACUGUUCGUCCCGAUGGGCUGAAACCAAUCAAACAAGGCGACCUAGGGUAGGGUAAGGAGAAGUAACGACCGACUAUAUAAGGAGACAAAGAGACAUCAAAAAAGGGAUCUGAAAUCAACUACACACACCUUGCGGCUAGAAUUAAAGUUUUACUUCUUAUUCUUGCCGACUUGUACUUUUAUGGUGUCACCAGCUUGUUUCACCGCUUGUUUCCUUAUUUGUAAACCGACAAAACUUCUUCUGAUCUAAUAAAACAUCUUUGUUACUAACCCACCGACGAGUUUCGUCUCUCUCACUUGUUUCUGACCAAACUCGGUACAAACAUUAGCGACUAAAAAUUAUAUACCGCCACGUAAUUAUAAUUCAUUAACUAGUUCAUAUAGUAAAAACAAAUGAAAAGUUCAACUACUAAAAAAUAAAAAUAAAAAUAAUAAAUAUUUUAAAUGAUGAGCUUAAAAAUAAUAAAAUAGCCAACCAAAUAUAUUUUUUUUUACAUGACACAACCAGAUUUUAUUUAUUGUAUUGCUUUUUACCAAUUAAAAAUGAGUAUAUACCAGUUUGGUUGCUUAUAAUAUACUUUUUUUCCAAGUAUCAUAAAGCCUUAAUUUUUUUUUAACAUUUUUCUAUAUUUUUAUUAAUUGAGUUUAACUAGAUGAAUAUUAAAAAUUUGCGAUUUAUUAUUUUUAGAAAACUGGAUGCUCUAAGCCAAUGCUUCAAUUUUGAACUUUGAGGCACGGCUCUGCUUAAAGAGAAACUAUAACCUCGAUGAAACAUUAAAGACAACUAAUACCAACACUUGCAUACUACUUAAGCUUUGGGUCUGCCGUUUGAAUAGAGCUCUGUAUUUUUAAAGCAAUACACUUUGUAUUACCUUUCCAUCAAUAAUCGUUUCUAUAGUGGAACCUAAAGGCACUUUUCAUUAACCCUGGCUUGAAACCCGUUUUUCCUUGAUCAAUCUAGCCAAUGUUCAAAAGGAUAUUCUCUCUUACCUGCAAUAAAAACCAUAAACAACAACUGAGUGAUUUUUUUUUUUUUUUGAAUGAAUGAAUGAUCGCAAAAAACAUCUGUUACAAUCAAUGCAUCGUUUGUGUGGAAAUAAAUAGAGAGCUAUAUAAACUUUUACAAAAUAAUCUACUCGCAAACCAGAGGCUCAUGGCAGCCUCGGGUCUCUUGGCUCAUCUUCCUUUAAUCGAGGUGAUUAGAUCCCUGACCAAUUUAUCAAGCAGUGCCGCAAGAACUGGUGGAGCCUUUGAAAGCUCUCCCACUCGUCUCCUAUUUCUUUCAUGCCACAGAGUAUAAACUGUUGCCUGGAAGCAGUACCGAAGAAUAAUGGUAAGAGUUUUAUCUUGUAAUCCAGCUACCAGGACUAGUAGUAGCUGAUUCCACUCGUUUGAGUAAUCCACUCCCAAGGAUGUUUCGAAUAACUUUGCGCCACACUUCUUCUGAAUACGAGCAUGUGAAGAACAGGUGAUCCCUGGUCUCCAUAGGAUCAUUACACAACCAGCAUUUUGUUACCGCAUGUGAAUUCCAUUUAAGCAUGCGAUCACCCGUAGAGAGGCUGUUAUUAUGGACAGCUAUCCAUACAAGCAUCGCGUUCUUUGGAGUGAUUCUUGAAACCAUACACCUACCCACCAUGGAACCUUGGGAAAUACCAUUCUCGUUAGGUUCCAGGUUUCUGUUGUGCUGAAUCCCGCUUGUACCUUCCAGCACCAUUUAUCUUCUGAUUGCGUUAGACCUCUUGUUCUCAUAUCAAGAAUUAUCUUAUCUAUUUGAACCAGAGAACUUACUCUGUGCCUUUGACCUCUACGACUGAAUUGCCAUCUCCACAGUUGAAUUAAUCGGAAUACCAAGAUCAAUACAUCCUCUCUCAGCUAGUUUCCGCUCUUGACAUUUUAGCUUCAUUUGUUUUGUUAAAGACAAGUUCCCUGGAGUUUGAUCAAACUCUGCAUCAUAUCCACCAUCUGUUAGCUAUAACUAAAGAAGAUUAUUAGCAACGUUGCACAAAAGCAAAUCUUCUAAAAUCAACCGAAAGGUUGACACAAACUUGUGUGUAGUAGUAAAUGUCAUCCAACGGGUCAAGAUUCUUAUUGCAGUCACCAACAAAGAAAGAAGAACCAGCCUUUGAGGAUCUAGCAGACAGCCUUCUGCCAUAGCAACUACCUUGGACCAUACACCCUCUACUAUAAAAAUAAAACGACAAUCAUAUAUAUAUAUAAUUUUUUUUGGAUAAAGCAAUUGAAGCUUUAAGAUUGCCUUACAUAUAUACUAACAUCAAACACAAAUAAAUCAUUUUAAAGAUUCUGAGAAUCAGUAAGCCCUCCAAAUACAAAGUAGUUCCUCUCAAGUGCAACAAUGACGUGACCGGCUCGAGGUGCUUCCCUGAAGUUUCUAGCUGCUUCCAUACAAACAUAUCUGAAUUUCGUACUUGACUAGAACUAUCUGGAGACAUACACACGUACACAUUAAAAAAGGUGUGACUCAAGAAUGCUUUUCGAACAUGUAUCAAGGAUGUGAACACCGGAGAGCUAAAAUUAAUCCAAUAUGAACAUUGGAGAGAUAAUAUCCAAAUCUUUACUGCCGACUUCAAUGAUUUUGUUCUUUCUCGUUGAGUAAGCUUGGCUAUCUCGUGGAGAGAGAGGCUUCUCAUGAGAUUAGGGUUUGACAAGACUAUGACAGUAUGACUCAUUUUUUUAUGCUAAAUAGGAGAAGAAACCGAACCAUUUUGUGUGUGUGAUAAAUGUGUACGUUCGGAGGAGGAAAUUGAAGGAAAUAAGAACGUGAAUUGAUGUGAUAGUGUGAUUUGUUGUUAUGGAGAGUUGAUAUGGUACAAAUCCAUAUUUUUGAUUGGAUGAUUAUUUUUUCUAACAUGCAUAUCAUUGCCCUUAAAAUUUUCCUUUUCUAGUGUAAAUUUUCCUUUUCUAACUAUUCAAUUUUUAGUGUUACAAAAAAAAAAACUAUUCAAUUUUUAUAUUGCAAAGUUUAUGACUUUAAAUAUAACAAAUUAUUGUUUAACAGUCCAAUUUAAAAAUUCAAUUUGGACGUUUUUAUUUUUCCCCUACCCCGGAUCAGAUAUAUCACAAGUUACGUAUAUAAAAUGGCAGAGAAAUAACAAUUACGCGUUCUUGGCAGCGUGACUAAUAACUAAUAAGGUAUCCUUUUUCGUUAAAGAAAAGAAUACUAACGUAGACUUUGUCCUAAAUUUCACAACAUAACUCCGUACCACCAAGUCAACAAAACCAUGGUCCAUUUAUUUCUUCAACACGCUAUUUUUCCUUCCUCAAAAUUGACCUUAAACAAUCUACUUACCUAUACAUAAAACAAUUUCAUGCUCCAAACCAAACCCAUCAUCACUACUUCAAAACCAAAACAAAAACACAAAAACAGAGAAUAUGAGAAAGAGAGGAGAAAACAAGAACAGAUUCUUUAGAAUCAUCACCAUGCCUCUAAAAGUUUUAGGCAAGGCUCGUGACCUCUACAUGCGAAGCAUCACAGGCUGCGCAGCUCGCACUCACUACUCCUCAGCCGAUGCCGUCUCCAUUCCCUUUCCGAGAAGCCGGAGCACCUCCUCAGCCUUCUCCUCCACCACCUCUUCGCGGAGGAUGUCUUCCGAUUUCACCUUCGACGAUGACUACAGCGAGCUGGUCAGAGCUGCUUCCGUUAGGAGUUUAUGUCAUAAGAACGAGAUUGACAUGAUCAGACACCAGCAACUUCAGCAGCGGCAAGAAAAUCGCGUUGCGGUGGGAGCGGUUGUGGCUGCAAAAGGCGGUUUGCCAAAGAGCUCGAGUGUAGGGAUGCCAAUGGCGAGGAUUGAUGAAGAAAAUGAAGAAGAAGGAUCAUUGAAGAAUCAAAAGAAAGGAUCUGAUUUCUUAUACCCUCGUAGCAGAUCACACGCGGUUACUAUUAGAGGAUCCAAGUUUUAAUUAACUAAUUGCAUAACUGUCAUUUUAAUUUUUAAAGAAGUAUGAUUUCUCGAAAUUUUACGUUGGGGGGGGAUUAAGGAGAAGAAAAGAAAAUGAUUGUGAGGUAUACUAGUUACUAGUGUUAUAGAUUUGUACUAAAAGAAGCUAUUGUUAAAUAUUUUUAUACAAUAAAUCGUAUUUUUGGUAAA